AUGGAUUACUUCUGCGAACGUAUCCUGCAAGCGGCUGAGCGGAAAGAAAGAUUCGUCUCGAGGCCGUCCGAAUUGCACUACAUACGGGAUGAGGAAAAUCAGCCUGUAGUCUACAAGACCACCUUUCCAUACGAUGAAUCCGAACAUGAAAAGCUACCAGAAGCAUUCCUAUACCAACCAUCCCCCCUCCCAACAACCAAAGGCACCCUGAAACUCCUCUUCAAGAAAUCCCGCCCGCGCCACAUCAGCGGCAAACCCGAUAAAUUCCCCUUCGCCGACGCCUCAUGCGUGCGAAGAAUCUUUCAAGAUCUAGACUUACCGCAGUCCUACUUCCACAUCUCCAGUGGAAGCCUCGUGCUGGCGAGAUCGAAUGUCGUACGCGAGGAAGACGGCACGCCGAGCGGAUACGAGUUCAUCGCCCAUUGUCCCUCGACACAAGGCGACUGGGCUCUGGCCUUAUCUCACAGUGUAGCGACCCGCACGACCUCAGCAUACUGGAGCGUGGACCACCGCAUCGACUCCAAAACUCUCCUGUCCGAUCUCGCCGCCUUCCAAUCCCACGCCUUCCAUCCAAUGCUCAUCCCCAUCAUCAUGUUCUCUUCCAUUCUGCAGCGUGCACUCGAUCGUCGGAUAGCCAUGAAAAGCAAACUCACCACGCUCGAGGAGACGAUCCUCCUGAUCACGCAGAAAGCCGCCAAAACGACCGAGGAAGACUUCCAGGAAUUCAACUGGUAUUUCAAACAACCCGGUGGCAUGGAGACGAUGUUCGAGUUGCUCGAGAGUUGUCGGCGGGAGCAGACGAGUCGGAAGGGGAGGUAUCAGUAUUGGGAGAUGUUGUAUAAAGCCAUCCUGGAAGGGAUGGAGUAUGCGGAAGUGGCGCUCGCGCAUGUGCGACGGGAAGAUUUUCGAAGGGUUCAGGAGGAUCUGAAGCAGUGGGUUGCGCUUACGUGGAUGAAGUUUGAGAGUUUGAGGGCGAGGGAUGAGGAUCAUGUUAGUAGGGUGAAUGAUGCCUCGGAUAUGCUGUAUAACCUCGUCCAGCAGCGCGAUAGCCGGAUCCAAGCCAACCUAGCUCGAGCGACCCAAAAGGACAGCGAGGACAUGAAGUUCAUAGCCUUGCUUGGCUCAGUCUUUUUGCCCGCGAGCUUCGUGGCGACCGUUCUCGGCGUCGACAGAUUCCAGUUCCUACCAGGUCCACAGCUAUUCGGGGUCUACAUCGGCAUCACAAUCCCUCUCAUCGCCGUGGUCGUGACGCUCUGUCUUCUCCAGCCUCGAUGGAGGGGAUCCAAAGCCGUUAUCGUGCCUUCUCUGCAUGCGGCGGCAUAG